AUGCGCUUGCCAUUUGCCGAUAAUCAUGCAGAGAGCUACUUCGAUACCAAAAAGAUCGUGCCCGGGGAACGACGGCCUGACCACUUGUCCAAGUCGCCCCUCUCCAGAACCAUACCGCCAGGGCUAAAAGAAGCUGUUGAGCCUAUGUUCCUGGAUGAUCGUGAUCUACAAGCUGAACUCGAGACGACGUGGAUUCUCAACUUGAGCAUGCACUUUCGGGAUAAAUCUGAUCGUGAAAAAUUCUUCGUCACAUACGCCCAACAACCGAACCGAUGGUGCAGAGUGACUGUGUCCUGUGAUUACAGAGAUGCACCACCAUCAUCUCUUGAAUCAGACCUAAAGUCCCUCAAGUUUCAGCGAGACAAGAAUCAACGCAUCUAUGAGGCUAUCAGGGAGUCUCUUCCUGACAUUGAAUUUUACGACACCGUCACAAACCUGAAGCUGGAGACAGAAGGCGGACAACUGCAUGUUCACGUCACGGAGGACACCAAUGAGAUCAUUCCUUAUCCGGCGCUGGACUCUGUCGAAAACUGCCGCAUGUAUCGCGAAAGCGAGCUUGACUUCCAGUCACACAUAUCCGGGUUCGUGUACAAGGUUAGGGUCGACAAUCAAGUCUUGAUCAAAAAAGAGAUACCAGGUCCAGAUACAGUCGAAGAGUUCUUGUACGAGAUUGAGGUGCUCAACGAGCUUCGAGGUUCGAAGAACGUAAUCGAUUUCCAUGGUCUGGUGGUCGAUGAUGAUGAGAAGGUAGUCAAGGGGCUGUUAAUAUCCUUCGCGUCGCUUGGUGCUCUCGUAGACGUCAUCUAUGAUGAUAAAUCGAGCAGUUCUCUGCCAUGGAAUCGUCGGGAGAGAUGGGCUCAUCAAAUCAUCCAAGGCCUUGCCGAGAUUCAUGAAGGUGGUUUUGUCCAAGGUGACUUCACCUUGUCCAAUAUCGUCAUCAACCACGAAGACGAUGCUAAGAUCAUUGACAUCAACCGUCGCGGCUGUCCGAUUGGUUGGGAACCACCAGAGAUUCUUCGUCUUGUUCGAAGAGGUCGAAGGGUGAGCAUUUUCAUCGGCGUGAAGAGCGACAUAUUCCAGCUAGGUAUGGUUCUGUGGGCGCUCGCGCAGCAAGAUGAUGAGCCCGAACAUGUCGCAAGAACAGGCUCCGGAGGACUGCCUCGUAUCACAGCACAGGACGUCCCUAAUUGGUUCGAAGACAUAAUCGAUGCGUGCUUGAACGACCAAGCUCGAAAUCGACCAAGCGCGAAGGAGCUAUUGAGGAUGUUUCCGCUUCACCCGCGAGACUGUGAGAAGCGGCGAAUCGACUCAAGAAGUUCUGAACACAGUCUCUUGAGCCAUCAUUCUCACAAGGAAUUGAACGACCCGUCGACCGCCGUUGACUGGAAUGCUGUCGAAGAGUUUAAAAGAGAACAACGAAAGCCAGCCGACUUUGCUCCUUCGUAUCCUACCACGGACCCGUAUCAGUUCAUCAACGCAGCGACAUCCACCGAGUACAGAGUUGACAGCACCGGUAGUUAUGUCAUGCCCCAUAGAGGAAGGAGUCUGCAUGGCUACCGCCAGAGAUCUGCAGCUAGCAGCACCACUAGCCUAUCUCUCAGUCAAGGCUUGCCAGCCUGUGAAUACGUUUGCGAUGAAGAGCUUCCAGGCCAUGGAUACGCUGAGGGCUCACGGGAUCGUCCUCAAAUAGAUACGACACAUGAGAGGCCUUCUGUACCUGACGUCCCGCCGUUCCAAUCACCCAUACACGAGAGAGCUGACAAUAAUCAUGGACGAGCGCCGAGGCGAGAUCGGGAUAGUGAAAGAGAAUCUCCAGAUCCUCCAAGGCAUCAGCGUGUCCUUUUCGGGCCGCCGGUACAUCAGGAUUCUGGCUUUGACGAGUACAUGAUCGAGACCAUCGACCAUGAUUGCCCACCAACACGCUCGCCGCAGACUCUGGCUCCAGUGCUUAUGAAUACUGGUGAUGGCUUGGAUGACGGUGCUCAGCCAGCGUCAGCAGGGACACGGCAGUCAAGGACACCGACGAGCUCCGCAGAUUUUACUGAGCGUACGACAACGCCGUCGUCGCCGCCCAUGACACCCUUCUCCUAUCGAACGCCGCUUUCUUCUCCUACCCGCUUUCUAGAAGACGGGGACCAAAACUUAGACACGACACCACGUAAUCCAGCAAGAUCAGCUUCGUAA